GGAAUAACUGUGUCUCUGUGAAACAAAGUGAAUAUUUUGCAAUGGCCCGUACCAAGCAAACCGCUCGUAAAUCCACCGGAGGAAAGGCUCCUCGGAAGCAGCUAGCAACGAAGGCAGCCCGGAAGAGUGCCCCGGCCACCGGAGGAGUCAAGAAGCCGCAUCGUUAUCGUCCGGGAACCGUUGCGCUGCGAGAAAUCCGUCGCUACCAGAAAUCGACCGAGCUGUUGAUCCGCAAAUUGCCCUUCCAACGGUUGGUUCGUGAGAUUGCCCAGGACUUCAAGACCGAUCUGCGCUUCCAAAGCUCGGCCGUUAUGGCCCUGCAGGAAGCCAGUGAAGCCUAUCUGGUCGGCUUGUUCGAGGAUACCAAUCUGUGCGCCAUUCACGCCAAGCGAGUCACCAUCAUGCCCAAGGACAUUCAACUGGCUCGGCGUAUUCGUGGCGAGAGGGCUUAAGUUGGGACUGCUACCAUUACUGGCAGCCGGAAUGGAAUAUUUUUUUCUUUUCUUUUCAGGUUUAUUUUUUUAAAUGGUCCUUUUCAGGACCCCAAAACAUUUACAGAAGAGAGUCGAUCUUGAACAAAUUCUAGUAACUUAUGUAAAAAUGUCAAGACUCAAGAAGCUGCAUGAGUAAAACUACUAUCACAGAAAUGCAUGAGAAUUAAAAAAGGAAUCUAAUGCAUCGAAUUUUUCAUAAUGUAGAUGCUAACCAUAAGAUUUCAUAAAAGGCAAAUCAUAUUCCAAUUUGUUGAGCUUUUAUUAAUAUUUUCUCGAAGACUGGUAGAUUGCAAAGUGUAAGAAAUCUAGGCAAAGUUGAAGUUGAAGCUUUGCAAGAUGUGUAAAGACCCUAUCCACAAUUUUUCAAACUUACCUAGCCAUGCACCGAAUUAAUGUUUUAACGAUUAAGCUAUUGAUUAUUGAGUCUCAAAAUGUUCAAAAAUAUUAAAAAUCAAGUUAAUUUUAACUUCUUCUUGGAUUUUUUUUUAACAUGAGCAGAGACAAGCCCAUGCAGUGGAACAAUUUUACGUGUUCCUUUUACAGUGGACACAAAACCUCC